GUUGAGCAGCACUCUGCCCAGGCCGGCUCCUUGGGACCCACUCCCUGCCCUGGAGUGCAGCUCGCCAGUGUCCCUCUGGGAAAAUGUUCCAGGAGAGGGAGCUAGAGUCCAUGGGGGGCAGAAAAACUCCACCCAGCAAGUUCUCUGCACUUGCCCCCAGGGCCAAGGCUCUGCCUUAGGAGACCUCAGCAGCUGAAUGGAGGAGGUGGAGGUGUCCCUCAGUCUGGGCCUUAAUAGGAGCCUGGAAGGAGAGGAGUCCAUCGGUAUGUUGGCGAACCAGAGAACUCCACUGAACAGUGCUGCUGAGGAGACUGUCUUCUCCCGGUCACCAUGUCCCCUGAGAUCGUUGCAGGGGAUUCUAGUGGCGCCCUGAGAGACCCAGCUGAGCCUGGAGCGUGGUACACACUGGUCUGAAUUCCCAAGAAAGCUGCUAUGGCAGAGCGGGACCGAGAGGCCCCCGAGCGAUGCUGCUCCUACUGCACAGUGCAGAGGAGGCUCCCUGUCCUCAGGUGGCUGCCCCAGUAUUCUCUGCAGUGGCUGCAGCUCGAUCUCAUCGCUGGCGUGACCGUGGGCCUGACUGUCGUGCCGCAAGCAUUGGCCUAUGCCGAGGUGGCCGGCCUGCCAGUUCAGUACGGUCUCUAUUCCUCCUUCAUGGGCUGCUUUGUCUACUGCCUUCUGGGGACCUCAAAAGAUGUGACGCUGGGUCCAACGGCCAUUAUGUCGCUGCUGGUCUCUUCCUAUGCGUUCCAUGACCCUGCCUAUGCCAUCCUGCUGACCUUCCUGUCAGGCUGUAUCCAGCUAGCCAUGGGUCUCCUGCACCUCGGUUUCCUACUGGACUUCGUUUCCUGCCCCGUCAUUAAAGGGUUUACCUCGGCCGCUUCAGUCACCAUUAGCUUCAACCAGGUCAAGAACAUCCUGGGGCUGCACAACAUUCCACGACAGUUCUUCCUGCAGGUGUAUCACACCUUCCAAAGAAUCGGGGAGACCAGGGCUGGGGAUGCUCUCUUGGGGCUGGUCUGCCUGGCAGUGCUUGUGGGGCUCAGGGCGAUGAAAGGCCACAUCCCCAGGGUCCAUCGGGUGGAGCUGUUGUCCGUCAGGAUCAGUCGUCUUAUCAUCUGGGCCACAGCAACAGCUCGCAAUGCACUUGUGGUCCUGUUUGCUGGCCUGGUCGCCUACUCCUUCCAGGGGAUGGGCUCCCAGCCAUUCACCCUCACUGGGGCGACGCCCCAGGGGCUCCCUCCCUUCCAGCUGCCGCCUUUCUCCAAGGCCGAAGCCAACAGCACUGUGUCCUUCAGCGAGAUGGUGCAGGACCUGGGAGCUGGACUGGCUGUGGUGCCUCUCAUGGGCCUGAUGGAGACUGUCGCUAUUGCCAAGGCCUUUGCCUCGCAGAACAAUUACAGAAUCGACCCCAAUCAGGAGCUGUUGGCGAUGGGCCUCACCAACCUCCUGGGCUCCUUCGUCUCCUCCUACCCCGUCACCGGCAGCUUUGGGCGGACAGCGGUGAAUGCACAGACGGGCGUGUGCACCCCAGCAGGGGGGCUGAUAACAGGGACCCUGGUCCUGCUCUCUCUGGCCUACCUGACCUCGCUCUUCUAUUACAUUCCCAAAGCGGCUCUGGCUGCUGUCAUCAUUUGCGCCGUGGCUCCUAUGUUUGACGCCAGGAUCUUCAGGACACUGUGGCGGGUUAAACGGCUGGACCUUGUGCCGCUGUGUGUGACGUUCCUGCUCUGCUUCUGGGAGGUUCAGUAUGGCAUCAUGGCCGGCAUGCUGGUCUCCGGCGUUCUCCUGCUCUACACCAUUGCCAGGCCUCGGAUCAAGCUAUCAGAGCAGGGGGUGCUUCUCAUGCAGCCUGCGAGUGGUCUGCAUUUCCCCGCUGUUGAGUCCCUCCGAGAUGCCAUGCACAGAUGGGCUCUGGCAGUGUCUCCGCCACGCUGUGUCAUCCUGGACUGCACCCACGUCAGCAGCAUGGAUUAUACCGUGGUGAUGGGAUUGGCAGACCUGCUGCAGGAGUUCCGGAAAAGGGGCCUCACCCUGACCUUCUUUGGCUUGCAGGGCCAUGUUCUCCAAGUCUUGCUGUCUGCAGAUCUGGAGGGAUUCCAACAUUUCCCCAGCCUGGAGGAGGCGGAGAAGGGCCAUGGAGCGGAACUGGAUGGCAGGAGCCGAGUCCUAUUUCACAGCGCCAGCGAGAAUAUGCUGCCAGCGUCAGGGCUCAUCCAGUGAGGAUUGGCAACCUCUGCCCUUUUGCCCUCCUUGCCUCAGACUGGCACCUCCUGGAUGCUCUGGAGAAUGGACAUGUGCCACCCCGUCUCCACUGCCCUGUGUAGUUCCUAGUGCACUUUAAGGCAAUACAGCUGUGGAGAGGGGGACACUCUCACUGGCGAUGCUAUCUGGUGAGGGGAUGAAAAGCCCUCUGGGCUUGUUUCUCCAUUGCUGUGUCCCAGGGAGCACUGAGCCAUCUGACAUUGUAGGAGCCGGUUGCUAGCUGGUGGUGGGAAGCUUAGUGUUUCCUGGGGAUAGCACUGCCCCCCCAGGGGAAGGGAACAUUGCCUUCUAGGGCCCCUUGUGGCCUCCAUGGUUUAGGUUUCCACUGAAUCGCCCUGGCUUUUGGGGAAGGUGGUGGUGGCAGCAGGAUGAGGUGGAGGGCGUCUGAACACAGGGGGAGGGCUAGCUCAGUGGUUUGAGCAUUGGCCUGCUAAACCCUGGGUUGUGAGUUCAAUCCUUGAGGGGGCCAUUUAGGGAUCUGGGGCAAAAAUUGGGGACUGGUCCUGCUUUGAGCAGGGGCUUGGACUAGAUGACCUCCUGAGGUCCCUUCCAACCUGAUAUUCUAUGAUUAACCAUGAUCAGGGGACAGUUGGAGCAGGGAUGGGCAGUGAAGAAUCCAGCCAAGCCCCCGAUGGUCUAUGCAGGCUGCAUGGGGAGUACGGGCAUUAUGGAUGCUGCGCCAGAUUGAGACCUGGCAUGAGCGGAUGCAGCCCCACUGUGGCCCAAUGCCUGUCGAGUCUGGCUGGGCUCUCUGGCCAUAGCUGAUCUAGGGAGCUUAGUGAGGGCUCUAGCACUUGAGUGACAUUAUGGACAAGGGAAUCCAGAAAGGGAAUUAUGGGGGUGACAUGGUCUGCAAAGGAGUGGAGGAAGCCCAGCAGCGUCUGGGUGGGAGAACUGGGCUUUGGAGGAGGUGCUUUGGGGCACCAGGGCGCAGAAGGCUCAGUUCACAGGUAGCUUUUAGCUGUCACCAGCUAUAGGACACAAGCUGCCCACUCCCAUGCACUGCACCCUCCACAGUGCUCAUCCUCCCACCUGCCUGAUAUCACACACGCACACCACCCGCUUCCAGACACAGCUCCGCACAUGCCAGAAUCUACAGGCAUUGCACGCUGGAUCAGCCCCCAGGUCCGUCCCGACGAGUAUCCCGUCUCCAGCAGCGGCCAGUACCAGGCGCUUCAGAGGAAGGUGUGGGAUAGUCUGCCCCCCUUUGGAAAUCUCCUGACUCCCGAUGGAGGUUGGCUGGUGGAGGUUCUCUUCCCAAAUUCUGCUUUAAGUGUUUAUUAUUACAACCCUGCAUCUUGUUGUUGUUCAUAUCAAUGUCCAACGCCCCUUUGAAUUAUAGCCUUUCCCCGUUAACGCGGCAUUUCAAGGAGACAGUAGCUGUUCUCCGUGACCAAGGACAUGUCUCUCCGCUCUAGGAAUCAGGGUAAUACCUGUUCGGGCCACUGGGAGAAGGAGAGUUUUGAGAAUUUCAUUUGUAACCUAGACCUCUUGGUUUAGGAUUUUUCUAUAAAGCUGCUGCCUUCAGCCCCCCAGCGUUGGGGCUGAGCUGGUAUGCUGCACUAGCACGGCGUUGAAGCUGCUAUCCAAGGCUUCAGAGUCUAAUUUCCUUUGAAAAGUAAGUCUCCAGCUGCUGCAGUCGGGGGGAAACCUCACCAAGGUGAGAUUAGGGUAACUGAAUCUGCAAAGAGCCUGGAGCACUAGCGCUGAGGGGUGAACUGCUCUGCUCAGCUGGGAGGGGCUGUUAACUCGGGUGUCAGGUGAGGAUAAUUUAAAUGUCACCAUUGUCAACUAUUCCAGUCCCCGUGUAAGGAAGGAGGUGGAGGGGCAAAGCUCUGCACAAUGCACUGGGGGUGAAUUGUGGUGCAUUGGGGAGAGUCUGUCACUGAUCGUUCUUCCCCAGUCCAGAAUGAGCUGAGUCCAGCAGAGCCUCUGGGCACGUACAAGGCGGAGGAGCCCAGUUGAAAUGUUAUGUGUUUGCACAAUCUGCUGUGCAUGCUGUUUCCUUCUGGCCACUCACGUGGGAGCAGCUUAUUUUUUGGGUGCAGCCAGCCCAAGUGCUCCUGACUCAGUUCUGAAGGACAAUGGAGCUAUGGGGGAGGGGAUGGCUUUAGUUUUGUAGAGCUGAACUUGUUUCCUCCUGCCCCGGGGUCCUGAUUGGGUGCGGCUGACCCCAUGAAAUACACAUUAUGCAAUGAAAACAGUUACACCCUAGCUAGGUGCACAAUCCUCCUUCUCUCUUAGCUGAACCCCGCACCCCCAAUGCCCUUCUCCUCCCCAUUUACAAAAAAAAGCCUUUAAGGCAGGGACAAGUCUAGCGCUGUACUCCAGGAUCCAUCAAGGAGGUCUGUACCAGCUAUGGUUGCCCCAGGGCAGAUCUAUUCCUGUGCCAACCUUGGCUACGGUCUCGGGGGCACUGACCUCUCUGCCUCCAGUUUGGCUGGAGUGGGGGCAGCUGGACUAUUUUGCUGCUGUGCAGUUCAAAGCUUUUGUUAUACACUGACCCUUCUCUGGACACUCACCUGAUUCCCCCCUACCUGGCACCAGGUGGUGUCAUUUGCACUUGUGCAAAGCAGGUGUGCGAUGCCUCUGAAUCAGAAUUCUCCACUCAAAACAGCAGUUGCAUUUGCUGUGCCAUGGAUCAGGUGUAAAUUACAAGACCAGGUGCCCAGCAGUGGGGAGUCAGGCCCACUGCCUGCUUAUAGAGGAUGAAACCUUUCUGAACGAGCACCUGCUCUGCUCUUCCCUUACGGAGGGUGUGUUUCCAAGGGGAACGCUCUGUACCACGAACAAUAAAACUGUACGAUUCCCAAGGA